AUGGAGUGGAUGCGACAAAGACAAGGAGAUCCGGAUUCAAAUCCCCAGUACUCCACAGAUGGAAUUGGGUAUGACUGCCUGGUGACGGCUGAUAAUCCAGAGAUGGUCAUUCCGGUUUCCCUUUGUCUUUAUCGGAUCUGUUCUACCAUAUAUAUUUAUAUGCCUGAAGAUUCGGGAUCCAGAUUUCUUAUCGCGUUUAACAUCUACCAACUCAAGACCAUCAGGCGCAGCGACUACAAUACUCUGACGAUGUAA